UUCUCUAACAGCAAAAAUUCAAGGCAUGAAAAAUGCUGUUCCCAAGAAUGAUAAGAAGAGACGAAAACAGCUGGCAGAUGAAGUUGCCAAACUAGAGGCAGAACUUGAACAGAAGCACAAGGAGGAAUUAAAGCAGCUGAAGGAAGCUUCACUUGAACAGAAUAAGACAGAUUCCAUAGCUGAUGGGGUUGCAAAUAUAGAGCUUGAAGGAGUAGAGCAGCAGAUUCAGCAUCAUCGAAUAUCAAAAGCACAGAAGAGGCGGGAGAAAAAAGCUGCUUUGGAGAAAGAAAGAGAAGAAAGAAUAGCUGAAGCUGAGAUACAAAAUUUAACAGGUGCUAGACAUCUUGAAAGUCAGAAACUUGCCUCCCUAUUGGCAGCAAGACACUUAGAAAUUAAGCAAAUCCCUUCAGAUGGCCAUUGCAUGUACAGAGCUAUUGAAGAUCAGCUUAAGGAUCACCAAAAUUCCUGGACUGUUGCAACUCUGAGGAACCAAACAGCAAAGUAUAUGCAAAGUCACUUUGAUGACUUCCUGCCUUUUCUUACAAACCCUAAUACUGGAGAUAUGUAUAGCAAAGAGGAAUUUGAGAAAUACUGUGAUGAUAUAGCAAAUACAGCUGCAUGGGGUGGUCAGCUGGAACUAAGGGCUUUGUCACAUAUUUUGCAAACACCUAUUGAAGUAGUGCAAAUGGAUUCUCCUCCCAUUAUUGUUGGUGAAGAAUAUUCAGGCAAACCAAUAACACUUGUGUAUAUGAGGCAUGCCUAUGGAUUAGGAGAGCAUUACAAUUCUGUGAAAGUUCUAACAGACAUUGCUACAGAAAACAGCAGCUAGCAUAUGAAAGUUGUACAUGGAUAACAGUUGACAUGGAUAACAGUUGCAUCAUGAUGUGUUGGGCUCCAGGUAGUUCCCAGUAAGAAUGGAAAGUAAAUGGAAUGGAUUAUAAAUUAAAAAAAAAAAUAAAAAAAAGAGACCUUCAAGGCUUGCCUAUAAAUCAGAGAGGUCUAGAUUUGAAACAAAAUCAAACCAAAACAACACAACAGUAUUUUGAAUUUGUUGGUAUUAAUUAUGUUUAGAAGAUCUUCUGUAAAAUGGUGGCUGUGUAGAUCAGGUUUUUUUCAAUAAAGCUUCCUCCCAAUUCUACAGGGAAAAUAGCAAAUAAUAAAAAUCUGUUUUGGUUAAUCUCCAUUUCUGAUGAAGAUUUAAUGUUACCUGAAGGUCCCUGUUCCAUUAUUUCUGUCAAAUUUUCACGAUAAUGGAAGAGUUCAGGCAUUUGAAAUAACUGAUUGUAUUUUGGUUAUGGAAUAUCCUCUGCAGUGUUUCUGUAGUCCUGUCAGGAUCUAAUAUCAACAGUAUAGUAUUGAUUCCCUUCUUUAUUUAGGCAGAGAAGAUCUGGAGAUAAAUCCAGCAGCAGAAUAUCUUGCUUAGCUGAAGGAAUUGCACAGUCUUUUUAGAGACUUUCAUAUAAGAUUUUUACCAAGGUUUGAUGUAGGGUUGUUUUUUCUUUUGCAGCUGAGGGUAGAAAUUCAACUUUUGUGCACAUUGUUAUUUAUGAUUGUACAUUAUGCUGUCAGUGCAAGCUAACUGCACUGUUCAUUCUCCAUAGUCUUUCAGCUGUGCAUUUUGGUGAAUCAGAAAUCUUACAGAGCUCACUUCAGGUAGUGGAACUCAUCUGAACUCAUAAUUUCUGGAUCUGCUGAUCUAAGCACUUUGUCAUCUAAAGUGUGAUGUUUUAUAAUACUUGAAACAGCUGGUUGCACACAGCUGUAGAAAUAACCACCUUGGGUUUUGUCAGUAACUAAAGAUGAUCUGAAAAAAAAUUGCAUUUAUUUUAAUUGCUUCUUAUGGUGCACAGAGACUUGAGAGGUUUUAAUAUGGCUUGACUUUAUACAUUAGAAAUGUAGAUUGUUGUCUGUAAAUGUGACUUCAAAAUUAGGAGCAUACCGAAACCAAAGUUUUAAUGCAAAUGUUUUUUAACAAGAAAAGUAAUUUUUAAAUUUUUUUUAAAGCCUUAGUCAAUAAAAGAAUUGUCGGUAUUUACUGCUGCUGAGUUGAUUUGGAGAAAAGCGGUUCAUGGAAAGAUUAAACACCUUUGCCCUGGUUUGAGGAUUAUGACCUAACAGUAUGUAUCUUGUAGUCCUUCAGUAAAGCUAGCCUGCAGACUUACAUUCCUGGAACUUAGAAAAAUUUGCUCUUAAGAAGGAGAUAAGUGAUCACUUUAUGGGUCAGAUUAUGUCUGAUUUAAAGCACUUUGAGAGAGAGAGUAAAGAAAAAUCAGAUAAUUAUAGCAGGAGUUUUUGGACAAGCAGUUCUUUAGGCUGGUGCCUGCUGGAAAACAAAGUAUUAACCAGAUCAGGAGUUUUUACAUUCUUAUUUAUCUGUUAUAGUAUAACAAAUACAUCUGGUUUAUAUACUAAACCAGCUGGCUUACUGUAAAAUUUGGUUUACUACCUUGAUUGUAUUAAAUGAUGGUUUUCAUUUCAAACAAAAAAAAUAGGAUACAACAGCAUGGAAAAAUGUUUCUAUUCAUAAUACCAUUACAAAUUUCACUAAAAAUAAUAAAUAGUACUGUUCUCUGCAUUGCUUAGAAUUGAUGUGAUAUAAAAUGCACAUGCUGCAUUUUAUAGAUAGGCAGUUCUUUGGUUUAUUUGGGUUUCAGUUUGUUUAAUUGAGAGAGAGAAGAUUCUAGAAUCAGGGAAAACCUGUACCGAGAGUUUGUCAUGUUGAAGAUGUUUACAGUUUGUAUAAAGUUAAAUAAUUUAAUACAGUGAGUGAAAGAUCCUUGCUUAUGCUGUAUGGGAAUUGCCAAAAAGUAAUAAAUUGGUUUAUUUGUGGCAAAUGUU